AUGCACCACUCCUAUCCUUCGGGGGCGGAAAGUGGUGCGGACGAGCGACUCGCGCACGCCAGGGAGAACAAUACCAAGGACCACCCCGACCCGCGCGGAGCCAACCUCGCCCGCGUCGCAAGGGCGCUCAAGGCCCUGCUCACUGACAAUUACGGCACUAUCACGCGGCUCGGCGUCUUUUGGGACUUCGGCUCGCUGCACCAGCACCCCGACCCCCCCAACGGCGUCAUGCGCACCGAGGAGCAGAACGCGCUCUUCAAGCAGGGACUGGGCAGCCUCGGCACGCUCUACUCCCACCAGCACACUUGGGUGCUGCGGCUGACCUCCUUCCCGGACGGCCACAAGGCGGAGGAUCAGGCCGAGGGCACCAACGUGGCCAAGUACUUUGACCGCGGCUGGUGCUUCAUGGAGGCCAGCUGGGCGGGCCUAACUAAGGCCGGCGCUCUCUCGCUCGACCUCGGCAAGAUGCGCGACGGCGUGGAGUACGACUGCAUCAGCAUCGUCCGCGACUGCACCCAGGACGGCGGACGGCGCCCUCCGCUGCUGCCGUCUGCGUUCGCGGCGGAGCUGGAGAAGAAGAGCUUCACCAACGGCAAGGACGACAAGCCGCUGGUGGAGCGGCUGUACGAGGCCGCCUUCAAGGAGCAGUUUGGCAAGGCGACCGAGCUGCUCUACGACCGCCUCGGCUGGGGCGACGCGGAGGCGGCGAAGCUGGCGGAGGUCCUCGCGAGCGGGGCAGCGCCGCGGCUCGAGGAGCUCUAUCUCUUCGACAACAAUAUUGGCGACGAGGGCUGCAAGGCGCUGGCCGCCGCCCUCGGCAAGGAGGGGGCAGCGCCGCGGCUCGAGAAGCUCUGGCUCUUCGACAACAAGAUUGGCGACGAGGGCUGGAAGGCGCUGGCCGUCGCCCUCGGCAAGGAGGGGGCAGCGCCGCGGCUCGAGAACCUCGCUCUCAACGGCAACAAGAUCGGCGACGAGGGCUGCAAGGCGCUGGCCGCCGCCCUCAAGGAGGGGGCCGCCCCGAGCCUGAAGGCGCGAGACGCCCCCCCUCGCCACACGCCCCUCCCCCGCCCAAUGCUCAUCGCACCUCCCCUCGCGUGCAGGACCUCUACGCCCAAGCUGCGGCCCAAGGUGAGAGUGCGGCAGCCAAAGGAGCGGCUCUGCGAGGCGAAACAAACGGGGCAGACAUGUCUCGUUGCGGGGCUGAGAACAGAGGCGGAGCUGCGGCACACAGAGGUGAAGCCGCGGCAGCCGGGAAGGCGCGGCUGCGUGACGCACCUUGGAUCUUGA